AUGUGGCUUUCAAGUGGAAAAAACAAUAACAAUAUUGCAAGAAAAAAUGGGAAAAAUGGGAUUGUUGCAAUAGCUAUAGACAAAGAUAAAAGAAGUCAAGAUGCUCUUAAAUGGGCAACUGAGAAUCUCGUCAACAAAGGCCAAACCAUCAUUCUCAUCCACGUCGUUGCCAAGCCGCCAGCCACGGUCGGGAAAGGUUACGCCAUUUACGAACCAAAUGGAGCUGCACAAGCACGCAGGAAAGUACUUGAGAAACAACACAAAGAGCUAUUCCUCAGCUUCCAUUGCUUCUGCUCUCGCAAAGAUAUAAAUUGCUUCGAUGUGCUGUUGGAGGAGACGGACAUAGCAAGAGGCAUAGCCGAAUACGCUGCGUAUGCAGCCGUCGAAAGCUUGGUUCUUGGCUCCUCCCGCCAUGGCUUUAUCAAGAGAUUGAAGACGACGGACGUACCUAGUAGCGUAUCAAAAAUGGCGCCAGAUUUUUGCACUGUUUAUGUCAUAUCCAAAGCAAAGAUCUCAUCCGUGAAGAACGCGUCGCGUUCAACGCCUCUCGUCUCUCCUGUCAUCUCCCAUCUUCAAAAGAUGGAAGACCAAUCUAGUUGUAGUGGUGAUUCUUUCCCCGGUGAUGGUUCCCACAGGUCGAAACGAAGUGGAGGAGGAGAGAGGACGCCGCCACCAAAAGCCGCAGUGGACGACAGUGAGUUGUGCAAUAGGUCGCCAUUCUCAAGAGGGAGAGGCUUCAACGGCAGAAUGUUUCCCGAAAUGGGAGAAAACGAGACGGAUUACUCCUUCACCGGAUCAGACCGCCUCUCCGGAGUGCUCUUCGACAGCCAAGCCUCUAGCCGGACGUCGCGAGUGUCUACAUCCUCGGAUAGCAGCUUCGCCUCGUUGCCGAGGGGGGGCGAGGGAAGCAGCUUCACCACUGAUUUAUCGUCGUCUUCGGUGGAUGCAGAUGAUAUUGAUGCGGAGAUGAGAAGGCUGAAGCAAGAGCUGCAGAGGACUAUGGAGAUGUAUAGCACGGCUUGUAAGCAAGCUCAGACGACGAAGCAACAGAAGGAUGCGGAGCUUAGCCAGUGGCGCGCGGACGAAGAGAAGAGGCUGGAGGAGGCGCGGCUGGGGGAGGAGUCGGCCCGGCUUAGGGCCGAGCAAGAGAGAGCCAAGUACAGAGCGGCAAUGGAGAACGUGGGAGCAGCUCAAAGGAUCGCAGACAUGGAGUCACGGCGGAGAGUGAGCGCUGAGAUGAAAGCCAUUCAGAAUGAGAGUGAUGAGAAAGAAGAGAUGGCAUCCACCACUGCCUCACUCAACUAUCGAAGAUACACCAUUGAAGAGAUCGAAGAGGCCACGCAGUACUUCUCCAAGUCCCUCAAGGUCGGAGAGGGCGGCUACGGGCCUGUGUUCAAGUGCCGCCUUGACCACACGCCUGUCGCGGUUAAGGUCUUGCGCCCGGACGCGGCGCAAGGAAGGUCGCAGUUCCAGCAAGAGCUCCAAGUCUUGAGCUGCAUGAGGCACCCAAACAUGGUCCUACUCGUCGGCGCCUGCCCGGAGUACGGCUGCCUCGUCUACGAGUACAUGGCCAACGGUAGCCUCGAGGACUGCCUCAACCGCAAGGACAACAAACGAGCCCUCUCCUGGCAGCUCCGCUUUCGCAUCGCGGCAGAGAUCGCCACGGGCCUCAACUUCCUCCACCAAAUGAAGCCGGAGCCUCUCGUCCACCGCGACCUCAAGCCGGGCAACAUCCUCCUCGACCAGAACUAUGUGAGUAAGAUCAGCGACGUUGGGCUGGCGAGGCUUGUCCCGCCCUCCGUGGCCGACGACGCCACGCAGUACCUCAUGACUUCGACGGCGGGGACGUUUUGCUACAUCGACCCGGAAUAUCAGCAGACGGGAAUGCUUGGGGUGAAGUCGGACGUGUAUUCGUUUGGGGUGCUGCUGCUGCAGCUGCUCACGGCGAAGUCUCCGAUGGGGCUGACGCACACGGUGGGGCGCGCCAUUGAGAUGGGGAAGCUCGAGGAGAUGCUGGACCCAGCUGUGCCGAACUGGCCGGUGGAGGAGGCCGGGGUGCUGGCGAGCCUGGCAGUGCAGUGUGCAGAGAUGAGGAGGAAGGACCGGCCGGAUCUUGGGAAGGUUGUCUUGCCAGAGUUUAAUCGGCUUAGGGAUUUUGCGAAUGAGAGGAUGGAGCGCUUCUUGGUGUAA